AUGCUUUUACCGAACUACAUAUUUUGGCUCUUGGCUCUCGUCGCUAUCUCAUAUGCAAACCUGGAAUGCAAAAUUUCACCUACCGAUUCAGCAUGGCCCUCGGCGAACCAAUGGUCUGCAUUCAAUCGUUCCAUCGACGGAGUUCUGAUUGAAACUUCCCCCGUUGCAUCAUCUUGCUACCCUGGCAAUCCGUUCGACUCGCCGGAAGACUGUACCAGCGUACAAGACAAAUGGUCCUAUGCGGCGUACCAUGCUGUCUGGCCCGAGAGCAUCGACUAUCCAAUCUACACGAAUAACUCCUGUGUUCCCAAGGGUGCCACUGGUUACGUUAAGGGAAAAGGCUGCAGUGUUGGUGGACUGCCACAGUAUGUUGUGAAUGCUACGACCAUCGAACAUAUCUCCAAAGCAAUGAAAUGGGCCUCUGAACGGAAGAUUCGGAUUGUUGUGAAAGGGACCGGGCAUGACCUGAACGGCCGAUCAACUGGAGCGUUUGCGCUUUCUAUUUGGACACACAAUUUCAAUAAUAUCGAACGGCGACGUGCUUGGAAAUUGCCAGGUCGCAAUGAAACCGACGAUGUUGUUAUUUGUGGGAGCGGUAACAAUUGGGGCUCUGUUUACACUGCAGUUCAUCGCAUGAACAGGACUGUUGUUGGUGGUGAAGAUGCUACUGUUGGUCUCGGAGGUCUAAUCCAAAAUGGCGGUCAUGGAUUUUUGUCCAGCCACCACGGUCUUGCAUCGGAUCAAGUUUACCAAGUCACAGUUGUUACCACCGAUGGUAGACAUCUUAUUGCAAACAGUGUGGAGAAUGAGGAUCUCUUUUGGGCUAUUCGUGGCGGUGGAGGAGGCCAGUAUGGGGUGGUAACGGAGUUUAUUCUGAAGACAUACCCUGUUCCUUCAAACGUGGCCAUGGGUGGCUUUUCUUUCUACGCGGCAAACACGUCAAAAAUCAGCGAGACUGCCUCAUGGAAUGCACUGUCGGAAGUGGUCUCUUCGAUACCAGACAUAAUGGACGCUGGUUUGAAUGGCAACAUCACCGCAUAUACCAAGACACGGGCAAUGGCAUUGGGUCUCAAGGAAGCACCGCCCGGUGUUGCAACAGUGGUUGGUCUCGUUGGGUUAAACAUGACGACUGAUCGCAUGGAUCAUAUCGUCAAUAAGCUCGCCGCCCGAGUUGCAUCCAUGGGCCACGGCAGCUAUCUAAACAUCUCUCUGCAACAGACGCUCAGUCAGAGUUACUGGUCUUUUGUAAAGCCGAACCCGCUAUCUAGUAACUCUGCUGGAGCUUUCAGCCUGAUGACCAGCCGCCUGAUGGGCCGAAGGGAAUUAUCGGACAUUUCUCGGGACGACCUAACGGAAUAUCUUCGACAAGCUUUGGUUUCUGAGAAUCCAGAAGCUGGAACAAUGUUACUGUUUGGAUUGCAAGGCGGCCGCGGGCCUGCACAAGUCCCAAUGCAUAUGCAUGGAAGUGUUCUUCCUGCUUGGCGUACCGCCUACGCUCACGUUUUCACCCUGGGUGCAUCAGUCAACACGACAGGUGAUGCCAGCGAGUCCCUGAAAGCUGCCGCGGAUUGGUAUGAGGCUAAUAAAGAGCCUGUCUGGAGAAAUUGGGCCCCUAACACCGGGUCCUACAUGAACGAAGGCAACCCAUUCAGUAGUACCUGGAAGAGGGAUUUCUAUGGUGAGAACUACGGGAAACUCCUUGCCAUUAAACGCAAGUUUGAUCCUAGCGAAAGCCUAUUUGUCUGGAGUGGUGUUGGUAGCGACUUGUGGAAUUAUGAUCUGAACUCUGGUUUGCUAUGCCGGGUCGCAUCGUGA